AUGGAAAUUGUUAAUGAUAUCGAGAAAAGUUUUAGUAUUUUAGAAAGCUACAUGAAUGACCAUUAUCACGAACAUCCACUUGUCACCCUCGGUCCUCUUGACCGACCGAUUGACUCAGUUCCACCCUUGGAUCCGACCACCAAAACCGUUAACAGGUCUGUCGCAUGGUUUGGACCCCGUAACGUCGAUUCCUCUCUCGAUUAA